AUGGACAAUCAGACUUUCAAAUACACCGUACUCUUAAUUGAGGGACUGAAAAUAGCACCUCAGUCCAACCAUCUUGCCUUCAUCUUUCUUUUGAUAACUUACAUAUUUAUAACAGUAUUUAAUAUUGGGGUUUUGAUUCAUAUCUUCUCAGAAAAAAGUUUACAUGAGCCCAUGCACAUUCUGUUCUGUCACUUACCAAUAAAUGAUGUGAUAGGGGCAACUGUUGUUAUACCACGCGUGUUGAAGGAUGUCUUAUCAGACCCAUCCGCACGUUACAUUACAUAUGUGGAGUGUGUUUCACAAGCUUUUUUUAACCAUUUGUAUGGAACAACAUCUCACACCAUUCUAAUGAUCAUGACCUUUGACAGAUAUGUUGCCAUAUGCAAUCCAUUACGAUACUCAUCAAUAAUGACCAGCAAAAUGGUGGUAAAAUUAUCAGUAGGAGCCUGGGGUGUUGCAUUGGUGCUGGUGGGAAUUCUGCUCGGCCUGACUAUACGUCUGUCUCACUGCAGAUCUGUGAUUCAAAACCACAUGUGUGAUAAUGCUUCACUAUUUAAAUUGUCAUGUGAAAGUGUUGUGAUUAAUAAUGUGUAUGGAUUAACUUUCACUGUGGUUUUGCUCACCUCUUCAAUGGGGAGUGUGUUUAUAACAUAUUUCAGAAUAGCCAUGAUAUGCAUUAAAAGUAAAAACAAAGCAACAAAUAGUAAAGCCAUAAAAACUUGCUCAACUCAUUUGACUGUUUAUUUAAUUAUGUUGAUCUCUGGACUGAUACCAAUUAUCCUCCAUCGUCUCUCAGAAAACCCUGAAGGUAGAAAACUAGCUAGCAUACUUUUCCAUGUUAUAUCUCCAACAUUGAACCCCAUAAUAUAUGGCUUGCAAGCCAAGGUAAUAAGACAAAAAGUAUUUAAACUUUUUACAAAAAAAUAAUUCAUGUUAUUAUGAUUUAUGUUUAUUUAUUGCAGAAACAAUCACUGUUAUGGCAUUUGUGUGUGGAUUAUGUCUUCUUAGUAGGAAAUAUAUUAAUUCAUAAUUUGUAUGUCUAUGUGAUGUACA